AUGGACCGAUGGAGCUGCUCGGAUGGACCGAUGGAAUGGACGGAUCUCUAUAAGCACGUGAUCGGCGUGGUUCACACCAACUACCAGGUGUAUUUGGAAGAGCUGGGCUAUGCAGGGAUCAUGAGCAGCCCGACCAUCCGACAAAGCCUUUUUUCGACCUUUACCUCUAUGGUUUGCAGCGCCUAUUGCGACGUCACCAUCAAGCUUUCGUCCGCAGGGAUUUCACUGCCCAACGAGGUGCAGUACAACGUGCACGGCGUGCGUCAAGAGUUCUUCGACAUGGCCAAGCGCAGCAGUGUCGGAAAAAAGCGCUGGUUGCCUUUUCAGGAGACGAACGAGUCCACGGGGAGUCUGGUGUACUUCAUCGGCAAAGCGGUGAAGCCGAAGGGCUGGGUGCAACUGCUGAAUUUGCUGGAAACCUUGCCCGACACAGAGGUCCGAAGCGGACGCUUCCGUGUGGACGCCUUCGGCUCCGGUCCCGAGGAGGAGGAGAUUGCUGAGAUGGUGCAACAGCUGAAUCAGAAGCGCGAGGGGAUCCUGCAGAUGUUCCCGGGCCGCAAUCAUGCCGACAAGCAUUUUGAGCAGUACAAGGUGCUGGUGAAUGCCUCCACCACCGAGAUGCUUUGCACGGUGACGGCGGAAGCCUUGGCCAUGGGCAAACACGUGGUGCUUGCAGAGGACCCGUCCAACGCAUACUUCAAGGCCAAUUUCCCCGAGCGUUGCCAUUUCUUCAACUUGCAGGAUCCCAGCUCUUUCCAUCGCGCAUUGCAGGAUGCCCUGGAGAAGGAGGGCCCCUUGCCAUUGUCCUCGGCAGCGGAGGCCCUCCUCAGCUGGGAUGCGGCCUUGGAGCGUUUCUAUGACGCAUCACAGGUCCACGUGCUGUCUGGACGUUUGGAAAGGCCUUCCGAGGCGCGCGGGGCCAAGAUCGCCUUUGAGAUCCACAGCCGCUUCCAGACGGACACGCCGGCCUUCUCGAAGCUGUUGAAGAGUGCCACACUGAACCAGGAGAUGGAGUUUAAGGCCCCCUGGGCUGAGUUGGGCACCACCAGUGAGCUGAUGGAGAAGUUGAGAGGCUAUAUGUCUUUGGAGCAGAAGAGGGACUUUGAUGUAGUGGCCAGCUCUGACCGAGUGGAGGACACCGUGAAGUAG